AUGGUUUCAUAUAAUCGUUUACAUGAAAUUCAGGAUCUUAAUGAUCAACCAAUUUUCCAGUUCGAUUAUCGUCAAGAAAUCAUUGCAAUGACUAAUUCACAAGCUAUUCCUAUCAUCACUAGCACUUUUCCAAAUCAUAAAGAUAUUGACAACUAUUAUCAACCAAGGAUUCAAACCUUUACUGAAUAUCUUUCUGAUCCUAGUGAAAACUACAUCACAGAAAUCACAGAACUUGAAUUUUUACCUCAACCUAAUACAACAGAAAUCUUUAGUAUGGAUGAUACGAAAAUAAAAAUGGAAUACGGUUGCCCUCUUAGUCCUCUUGACUCGAUAUAUAUGUCAAGAACUAUAUCUCAAGGCAGUAGCUCUGAUCUUUCUGUUUGUAAUUCAUCAAGUAUGCCACUUACGCCUCCACAACCAUCACCGCAUCAAUUACACAGUCACCUUCCUGAACAUAUUAUAAGUCGAGGUCGAAAUAGUAGAAUGACAACGAUAUCAUCAUCACCAACGAUGCAAGAAAUGAUUCCAGAACAACCACAAGAAUUUCGACGACGUAUGACAAACAAACCUUCGAAACCAGGCACUAAAUCAUUCGAAUGUACUUAUGAGGGAUGUGGUAGAAUUUUCAAACGUUCAGAACAUCUUAAAAGACAUAUUCGUUCAAUACACACUCUCGAGAGACCGUUUCACUGCCCUUUCCCUCAUUGUACAAAACGAUUUUCACGUUCGGAUAAUCUAAGUCAACAUGUACGAGUGCAUCGACCUAACGGAAAAGAAAAGAAUGCUUCUACUCGAGCUUUUAAUAAUUUUACGCCUUAUUUACAAACGUAUCAAGCCGGUGGUAGCAUUCAUACGACGUUACAACAUAACUGA